CGUAUAUUUAUGUCGUCGGAAUAACUGUGUACUGUGUAAUCUACCUGGGUGAUAAAUCUGUAGUACUCUCAGUACUUACUGGACUGAUUGAAAUACGAUACAAUUUUAUCAUUCACUAUUUAAACUGAGGAAGCUGUACGCUCAUCUUCUCGUAUUCAGUUCAGCGGGAUUCCCAAACUGGCCUGAACAAAUGUCAACAUGACAGCUAAACCCCACGAAUCUCACAACAGAAGCGUUCUCCACAGAGCAAAGGAGGGGGAUUUACUGGAGUUUCCCCGGGGGUGGUACUCCCACUGGGCUGUUUAUGUAGGAAAUGAGGAGGUGGUGCAUUUAGCCGGGGAUGAAAAUGACGGUAUAAAUGGUAACAUAAAAACACACCAUGUAUUUACCAUCUGUGGGAAAACCUUCAACAAGGCUAUAGUUAAACGAGAGAACUUCUGGGAGGUCGUUCUGGACUCCAAGGCCGAAAUCAACAACAACAAAGACAGAAAAUGCAGUCCACGUCAAGCACAUGAAAUAGUUGAAGAAGCCUUGAUGAAGAUAGGAAAGAUUGGCUACAAUGUACUGUGGAAUAACUGUGAACAUUUUGCUGCCUACUGCAGAUAUGGGGUGAACUGGUCAGAGCAGGCUAACACGGCCUUGACCUGGAUGAUGGUGGGGGGAGCCAUGGUGAUGGUGGGAGGAUUAGUUAAGGAAUGGUUCAGUGGCAAGGAAGACAAAAAGGAAAAGAAAGCAGAAACUUCCUGAAUACUUCACAGUUCCAGAAAUGUUGUGGACAUUAUAUAUUUCACUCCUUAGUAAUUUAUUUUUUUGGAAUAUUUGUUAAUUAAUGUUUAUGUAUUUAAACUUUGAUUUUAUUAAUUGUGAUACCGUUAAUUUUACUAGGAAUUAAUUACAUGUUUUGAAUGUAUAUUUUUCUUUGGUUUUGGCUGAAGUGCAAUACUAAUGAU